AUGGAGGCCGCCGUAGUUGAGGGCGACAGGGAGGACGAAGGCUUCGGCCUGGGAUUCGAGGAGACGGAGCUCCGCCUCGGUUUGCCCGUGAAGAGCGCCGGCAAGAGGGGUUUCUCGGAGACCAUUGACCUCAAGUUGAAGCUGGCCGCCUGCCCCGGUCAUGGCGCAGGUGUGGAGGGGGCUGAUUGGAAGUCGAGGACGGCAAGCGGGAAGGACGUCCUCAUCGCAGAGGUUGAGAGCCCCGAGAAGCCCCCUGGUAACAAGUGCGUCUCUUCUUAUCUUCGUUCCCUUCAAAGGGGAUCUUAUUUCUGUCCCAAAGGCUGUGUUGAUACUAUUUUCCUAUUAUCGAUUUCCAUUUUUUAGAACUGUUUUAUCAAGGGGGCCUCAUUGAAACACCUUUAAGUCACCUUGUUAUUCGAUUUUUUUUUUCCCGAUGUGGCUCUAUAGUUGUCCAGACUCUCUUGUUUGUCCUUUUCUUUUUGGAAAGGAGAAGUAGCAUGCUCUUAGAUCAAUGAGAUCUAACGGGGAUGCAAGGUAAACGAUGAUCGAGGCGUCUUUGACUCAUCAUUGGAAAAUAAACGAGUCGCGUGAGAUCUAAAUUUUGGUAAGGCCCCAUCUCCGAUGCGUUCAUAACUUAAAAGCUAUGUCGGGUAACUUCCUUCUGUGUCCGUCCGUCUGUCGGGUUUUCAAUCUCAAACCGCACGCGAAGCGUUCCAGAUGAGAAUUUGAGCCCUUCCUUUGAAUUCUGCUCCAUCAAGUAAUGUCCAGGAACACUUUGUCGAAGAAAUAUUUAUGAUAGUUGAGGGAGUUUAGCGAUAGUGAGAUUAACUACACGAUUUCUGGCGUCGAAACGCGAUGGAAAACCUGAUAUGCUUCUUAUUUCAGCUUCUGUGUUGAAUUAGAAGAGUGAUCUAGAAAUCAUCUUCGUCGUGUCACAGGGCACAGGUUGUAGGUUGGCCCCCUGUGAGAUCCUUCCGGAAGAACAUCCUCUCGGUGCAGGCUGUGAGACCCAGCGGAAAAGAAGAUGGGGAGAAACCCGUCAGCGGCGCCACCUUGGUAAAGGUAAGCAUGGACGGCGCACCGUACCUCCGCAAGGUGGAUCUGAAGACGUACAGAAACUACAAGGAGCUGUCCGCAGCCUUGGAGACGAUGUUCAGCUCCUUCACCGGUGGUAAGUUCUCCGACCUCAGCCUCGUAAAUUCUUCGAAUAAGGGUAAUACAUUACACCUGUGAAGGGAAAAGUCUUUUCUGAUGUAGCCAUACCAUGAAGUUAUCAGCUUGCUUCUUGCCACAUUCGUGAAUAUGAAGCUGCCUUACUAUUGUUCUUCCCUCUGACUCCAUAUGUAUAUCAAUACAUAUAUAUAUUUAUAUUCUUGCAUAGAGGUAGACCUCAUCACGUCGAAGGGCAAGAUGGGUGUAACAGAAACCUUAAUGAGAUCUAACAAAACCGUGUGACUGGGUGGGAAUCAUAUAGCUCGUGACUGGUUUUCAUCAGCUCAUCAGUGAACACGUUUCUGGAGAUGGGGUCUGCAUUGGUUUCCUUUCUGAUGGGCUUAUUUUGUUUUGAGUGUAACCAGGAAACUGCGGUUCCCAUGUGAGGGAUUUCUUGAACGAGGGCAAGUUGAUGGAUCUCCUCAACGGGUCGGAGUACGUCCCCACAUACGAGGACAAGGAUGGGGAUUGGAUGCUUGUGGGCGACGUCCCGUGGGAGUAAACUCUUGUUCUUCUUCCUCUCUCUCUCUCUCUCUCUCGCUCUCUCUCGCUAUCUAUCUAUCCAUCCGUCGAAUGUACGUAUACACUUAUACACAUUCUCACACAUACUUAGAUGACUAAAACGGCGGUAAUUUUUUUUUCUUGAUCAAAUCAUAUCCUUCCCACCUUGAUAAGAUGCUUACAUGAUUCACAUUGUUAUACGCUGAUGGAAAUUCGCUGAAACUGGUAUUCCGCGUCGACAGGAUGUUCGUGGUCUCUUGCAGGCGUCUACGCAUAAUCCAUAGCUCCGAAGCUGUUGGUCUCGGUCAGUAUUUUAUACAUGCGGCUAUUUCCUCCUGUUUCACCACGAAGUCCUCUUACAAUAAAACCCAUCUUUCUCGCGUUAACUGUUUACUAUUGAAAUCGAUUGAGAAUUCAGGUCUACACCAGAGAUUAACUCAUCCUCGUCAAUUUCCUGUUAUUUCCCUUGUCAACCCUCGAGAUAACACCAGCUCCAAGAGCCGAGGAGAAGCGCAGAAACAGGAACUGA